AUGAUUAAUGGUUUGGUUUUCUCAGACCCUUUGAAUGAGCUAUGGCUUAUUUCUUUUGUGUAUGGUCCUCCAAAUAGGAAUAAUAGAGGUCCUUUUUGGGAAGUAGUAGAAAAGGUUGAUAAAAAAGGGGGUAAUCCGGUGGCUAGCUCAUCUAGUGGUGGCCCAAAUGAGGUAAUUGAAAAGAAUGGGCUCAUUGAUAUCAAUUUCUUGGGCAAUCCUUAUACCUGGUCUAAUGGGAGAGAGGGAUUAGCAAAUAUUAAAGAAAGGUUUGAUAGAGCAUUUGCGAAUGAUAGAUGGAGGUUGAUUUUUCCAAGAGUUGCUGUUCUUAAUUUACCUUCUUCAAGCUUUGAUCAUUCCCCCAUAGUUUUAUUUACAGAAGGAGAGCAUCGAUCGGUUAAAUGGCCUUUUAAAUUUGAAGAGGUGUGGACCGGGGAUGAGUCUAGUUGGUUUGUAGUUGAGAAAGCUUGGAAUGUUAUUUUUCAAGGUUCCCCGUUGUUCAAAGUUUGCCUAAAGCUCAAAGAGGUGAAAAAAGAAUUCAGAAUAUGGAAUAGGGAGUGGUUUGGGAAUAUCCAUCAAAACAUAAAGAAAUGUUGGGAGAAUCUGAGAUGUAUUCAAGGCGAAGAUCCAACUCAAGAAAAUUUAAGUAAAGAAGCGAGCAUUAAUAUGGAGCUUCAAGAAUGGCUCCAAAGGGAGGAAAAUUUGUGGAGGCAAAAGGCUAGAAUAAAAUGGUUGUUAGCAGCUGAUCUGAAUACCAAAUUCUUCCAUCUCACCACCAUAAUCAGAAGGCGCAAGAAUGCAAUUGAUUUUAUUAAAAACCAGCAAGGUUCUUGGGUCUCGGGGAGAGAGAAGAUUGGAAGAUGCUUUGAAAGGUUUUUUAGAAAUCUGUUUGAAACGUCUAACCCCUCAAUCCUUGAUAACAUGGAAAAUUUGAUAUGUCCAAGCUUGUCUGAGGAGGAUAUUCAGAUGCUUACAAAAAUCCCGACUCCAGAGGAGAUUAAAGAUGUUGUUUUCAACAUGAAUUCUAAUAAGGCACCAGACCCUGAUGGAAUGUCAGCCCACUUCCACAAGUUUUACUGGAAUAUAAUAGGAGGUGAUGUUAUUGAAGCUAUUUCUAUCUUUUUUCAAAGGGGGUACAUGUUGAGAGAAAUAAACCAUUCCUUCAUUGUUCUCAUUCCUAAAGGGAAUAAUGCUGCGAUGGUUUCUCAAUUUAGGCCAAUAAACUUAUGUAAUGUUUUGUAUAAGAUCAUAUCUAAGUUGUUGGCCAACAGAUUAAAGUUGGUUCUUCCUAAAAUAAUUUCUCCAUGGCAAACAGCCUUUAUUCCAAGAAGGAAAAUUCAAGAGAAUACCUUUUUCACUCAAGAAAUUAUCCAUGACAUGAAGAAGAAAAGUGGGGAAAAAGGUUGGAUGGGAUCAAAAAUUGAUAUGGAGAAAGCGUAUGAUCGAUUGGAGUGGUGUUUCCUUGAGAAAGUUCUUUGUGGUUUUGGGUUUCCAAAUGUGGAGAACAUGGGGAGUAUCAAAGCAUGUUUAGACACUUAUUCUGAUUGGUCUAAUCAAAAGGUGAAUUUCUGGAAGUCAGUGAUAAUUUUCUGCAAAAAUGUGAACCAAGGAGUAAGAACUCAGUUGGCAAAUUAUAUUGGAAUACAGUGGUCCAAUAGAAAAGAAAAAUACUUGGGCAUUCCUAUGGCUUUAGGUAGAGAUAAGAGAGCUGCUUUUGAGGAGAUUAUUGAUAAAGUGAGGCAAAGGUUGCAGGGUUGGAAGAUGAAGACUCUUUCUCAGGCAGGUAGAACUACUCUAAUUUCUUUUGUGGCUUCCUCUAUUCCAUCAUAUCAAGCUUCAUCACUACUCCUUCCAAAACAAGCUUGUAAGAAAUUGGAUGCCAUGAAUAGAAAUUUCUGGUGGGGCUAUAAAGAGGAAAAUAAAAAGGGUUGCUGCCUCAAGAGUUGGGAUUCGAUUUGUACCCCAAAAUGUGUUAGUGGGCUUGGCAUCAAGAAAACAGAAGAUAUGAACAAAGCCAUAGUAGCUAAAAUGACUUAG